CCGCAACGCUCAGCUCGAGGAACGCAUCAGGGAGCGCGUCGUGGGCAAUCUCGUGGAGUUGUCCAUGGGCCGAUACGGGAACGAUGUGGUACAAGAGUGCUUCGUCCCUAGUAAAGAAAAGGUGCCUUCGGUGCCUCUGCUGCAGCGCGGGCUCGACGCGUUCUUGCGCCUGCCCGACGAGCAGCUCCGGGAGUUGGUGCAGAACCACUGGGCCGGCUACGUCCUCCGCCGGCUACUCCAAACCAGCGUAGAGCGCAAUAUGGCGGAGGAGGAAGCGAUGCAGCUGGCAGAGCGGAUCUUGGGAGUUGGGGCUGCCGGAGACGAGACUGAUGCUGAACUCCCUCGUCCGGCGGGUGAUCCACGAGGGCAAGCCGUAGCUAUUUUGCACUAGUCGAUGAUUUGCUCCGCUGAGUCAGAGCGCGCCACGAUGCCUAGACUGUUACUGCGAAUUGCGACAGGCCGUUUCUGCCUGU